ACCCAGCCCUUCUCAUUCCUCAGGACUGAGUCCCCACUGGCCAGCACGCCUGGGAUGGGUAAUGGUGUGCAGGAAGGCUCUGUGCGCCUGCGUGAAGACACUGAAACGGUUCUGUCCGGGGCUGUCUCCUCAAAGAGAGACCACAGACAAGUACUCAGCUCCCUGCUGUCCGGAGCCCUGGCUGGUGCUCUUGCCAAGACAGCAGUAGCCCCCCUGGACCGAACCAAGAUCAUCUUCCAAGUGUCUUCAAAAAGAUUUUCUGCCAAGGAGGCCUUCCGGCUCCUCUACUUCACCUACCUCAAUGAGGGCUUCCUCAGCCUAUGGCGUGGGAACUCGGCCACCAUGGUGCGAGUGAUUCCAUAUGCCGCUAUCCAGUUCAGCGCUCAUGAGGAGUACAAGCGCAUCCUGGGCCGAUACUAUGGCUUCCGUGGAGAAGCCCUGCCCCCAUGGCCCCGCCUCCUGGCCGGUGCCCUGGCAGGAACCACGGCUGCCUCCCUCACUUACCCUCUCGACCUGGUCAGAGCGAGGAUGGCUGUGACGCCCAAAGAAAUGUACAGCAACAUCUUUCACGUCUUCAUCCGCAUCUCGAGAGAGGAAGGGCUGAAGACCCUCUACUUCGGGUUCGCACCCACUGUGCUGGGCGUCAUUCCCUAUGCGGGACUCAGCUUCUUUACUUACGAGUCACUGAAGAGCCUGCAUCGAGAGUACAGUGGCCGCCCACAGCCCUACCCCUUUGAGCGCAUGGUCUUCGGGGCCUGUGCCGGCCUUAUCGGGCAGUCAGCCUCCUACCCUCUGGACGUGGUGCGGCGGCGCAUGCAGACGGCAGGUGUCACAGGCCACCAGCAUGGCUCCAUUCUGAGCACUCUGCGCUCCAUCGUGCGUGAGGAGGGCGCGGUGCGAGGCCUCUACAAGGGCCUGAGCAUGAACUGGCUGAAGGGCCCGAUUGCCGUGGGCAUCAGCUUCACCACUUUCGACCUCAUGCAGAUCCUGCUACGCCGGCUGCAGAGCUAGGCCCACGCAACAAUGGAUGGUGAGCUUGUGGGUGGAGGGCAUGCAGCUGUGUGCUGGCAGCCCUGAUGGUACCUUGAGGAUGGGCAGAAGGGUGGGACCUGGCUUGGGGCUGCAGGGCCCACAGUGAAGUGCUGGCCCACAGGGUGUGACAUUGUAAUGAUGGGUCUUGGUUGUGUCCCUCCCUUCAGCUCCUUGAGUGACUGGUGAGUCUCUCAGGGGCAUUACCCAAAGGCUCCUAAGGGGUCAACUGCACUUCCUGGCCCCGCCUCUUCUGACCUGCUACUGAUUCUAGUGCCCACUGGCACACUGGGCUCAGAGCCUAUCCCUUCUUGCUAAGACCAUGCCUGCCCUGAAGAUUUGACAGCCCUUCCCUCAAAGCCACAGCCAGGAGGGUUGCAGCUUGCUCAGUGGUGGCUGUACCUGUGUCCCUCAGUACUCUACCAUGCCUGCUCAUCCUCUCCCAGGUGACAGAUGGCUGCUCUUGCCCACAAAGCUUUCUCCCCAGAGCACUAUACCCAUCUCAUCCCCGAGGGGCUGCAUCUGACCUUUGUCAACUACCUGGCUUGUAACCUUCCCAGGAGGUACCACAGCAGGAGGGGCAGGUACAGACCCCACUGGAAAUGCCCAUGUGGGUCUCCCUCACCUGGGAUGUCUUCCAAAGCAUGUCACCCAGGCCACAAUGUCGGCCCAAAGGCUCUUGUUUGCACAGCACCCUUGGAGAUAGGGCAUAAAUUACUGAAACUGCCCAACCUUCUGUGGGUCCCUAGUCCCCACUGAGGCUGUCAUUCAGCCAGGCCAAAUGAAGGCCCAAAAUUGGCCUGUGUGAAUGUGUGCAACGGUGUCUUAGGCACCUGGAUCCACCAGCCAGCUUAUCUCAAAAACUCCCUUGGGGUCCCCAAGGUGUCACAGAGACUUCAUGCUUUUCUGAGGUGUUGGGGUUCUUGAUUUGGGGUCUUUGAGACAGCCCCCCCCCAAGCCCUGGCUAGCAUGUCCCUCUCAGUGUCACCUGGGCUAGCCUCCAACUUGCAGCAAUUCUGGUUUCUAGUUCUCACCUGCUUCCGGCCCAGGUCAGCACACACAAAACCUCUGCCAUGUGCAGCCCAGUCCUGGCUCAGAGCUGAGCUAGCUGUUGCUUCCCACAGCUGGAUGGCAGUUAUCUCAUGUGGAGCCUGAGCAGGGUGGCUUGACCCCCCAGGCCUUUUCAGUUGCAGACUACAGUCCUUCUCGUAGACAGGGUUUCCUCUGUAGCUUUUGGAGGCUUUCCUGGAACUCACUUUGUAGACCAGGCCUGCUUCUGCCUCCUGAGUGCUGGGAUUAAAGGCGUGCGCCACCAUUGCCCAGCUCAUUAUUGUAUUUCUUACCUUGUGCCAGUGAUGCUCAGCCAUCUUCCUGUCUCCUUCGCAGAUGGUGACAGGCCAUCCCCAACAUGUCCCCAGGCACCCCAGCAGCCUGUGGUGGCUGUGAGGGGCCAUCCCAUUCUUUUGUGAGUGUACUGCCCACUCUGUUCCUUGCCUGGCCGGCAUACUGGAGUGGAGAAGCUGGGCACCCCACACCAGGAAGUCAGAGGACAGGUGACAUCAUGUAGAUGGUUAGUCAGAGCCCUUCAUUGGGCAGCCAGCUGGAUGGGAGAGGUGAGGGUGUCAGAGUCCCUGAUCUGCUUCCCCAUAUGCCUCCCAGUAGUUCUGGCCUGGGGGCUCUUGACCUCUGUGGCUGCCCUUUCCCAUGGUCACUGUCUGGUCUGGAGUUCUAUUUUGAUGCCAUGAAAACACUUCGUUUAUAUAUAAUGUUUAUAUAUUUUAAAGAUUCGUGCCAAGAGAGUAUAUUUAAUAAAAAUUUAAAUAAC